GCCGAAAGCUCAUUUAAAGCGCCUGCUCCUCGCAACUGUCCCUUUCCAGUCCCUCGAACAUUCUGAAUCUUCGUGUGUCCGUUCGAUGUAUCGGAUCGCGGCGGUUUUGCGACUCAAUCCAUUUUCACGCGCGGUCAAGGUCUUCGGUUAACGUUACCUCAUUUUGCAAACUACGUGACGAUUUCUGUUUACGUCGGAUGUGUUUUUGAUGUGUUAAUGAUGCAAGCACUUGUGAAUACGCAUUUUAAUGAUCGUUAUUUCUUAUUUUCGAUGGUGCGAAAUAACAACAUUGAAUGUGAUCAUAUUACACCUACUGACAAAGCAAAGUCGCCAAAUCCAUUUAGAACAAGUAAAAGUGUCAGUUCUGACUGCAGUCAUUUAUUUCAAAAAAGAUUGAUGCCUAUAAGGCCAACAUUAACUACAAUCAGCCCCAGAGGCGUAAAAAGCACAACGAAUUUUAAACCAUCAAAAAAUGAAAGAGUACUUGAUAAAAAUAAAAAAAACUCAAUAAUCAAAGAGGCUGUUCUAAAAUUAAAUGAUACUGGCACUAAUUGUCUUAGUGAUAAUCUAGCAAGUACAUUGCUUAAAGAAACAUGUAAAUUUAGUAUUUGUGGUAAAAAUACAAAAAUUUUUGGCCAUGGUAUGGUCACAAAAGACUUUAAAGCACUGAAUAUUAGUCAAGAGUCUAGACAAGCUAAGGAUGAUACGAGCAUUCAAGAUAAUUAUCAGGCUAGUAGCUUUCAACGGGCACGCAGUAAUACGAUGCCAAGCUUAAAAAGAGGGCCUGGUCCAGGUGGAGGUAGUAAUAGUCAGUCAGAAACCACUGGUACAACUGGCCAACCUUCAAGUUCAAAUACAUGUUCAGUACAAGCACGAAUAUCUCCACCUUCAUGCGAUGUCACUAUUGACGAGCUUGCCAGCUACUUCGAGGAGUUUGUUCAUAUUCCAAAGAAGAUGUCACACAUGGCAGAAAUGAUGUAUAUUUAAUUAUAAUAUAUUAAA